CCCUUACCCUAUAUUAUGUAAGUUCAGUAGCUUAAAACAAAAACACAAUUAAAUCCUAAACAAAAACAAACCAAAACCAAACAAAAAUUUGGCCGCUGCCAGGCCAAGGCUAAAGAGGGCAUGGUCUUGGCAGGAGUGUGUGUGACUACAAGGCACUGGGGUCCCUCAGCAGGGACUCUGCUCUUUCCUACAGGCAACACACAAGGCGGCAGCUGGAACCAAGGACCUGGAACUCGAAUACCUCCUGAUGUGAGAGGAAAAUUUUUAUUUUAACAAGUUUUAACUACAAAUCAUUAAAGGAAUCUCUUGCAGCCUUGCUGUGCUUGAUGGAUUCAAAGCCUCAGUACAGAUAAAUGACAGCAGGCAAAGGACGAUGGCAAUUCUCCUUAACAUCAAUAAACUUGCUAUCUGACCCUCAGUCCUCCGAAGAGCAAAUUUCUGGUUCUUCCUUUUCAUGUCCCAACUCGACUAAUUCUGUUUAGAUACUGCCUAAGUGGACCUUAGUCCAGCAAGUGAUGCUUAGCCCUACCUCCAGUAGAGGUCUUCACGGUCAUUAACAAAAACUAUUUUUGAAAGAGAGAGAGGAAAGCAGAGGACGUGCAUUUUGCACUUCAUCCUGAGAUGUCACCCUUAGGGACAGACUGGACAGGACUCCCGCCAUAUGACCCAGGACUACAUUACACAUUAGAUAGUGUAGGUAUAUUCAAGGGGCAGCACUCGGGAAGAGAAAUGUUACAUUUAUGUGUGGGGAUGCAUAGACAGCUUGAACAGAAAGGGCCUUGGAUGUCACUGAGUGGAAACUUCUUAUUUGACAAGAUGAGAAUGAUCCAUCAUAAGGCCAGUUGGUGGAUGCUCAGCUGAGAACCCAAGUGUCCUGAAACCCCACCUAGCAUUCUUCCCUUUAUGCCCUGUUACCAUACCAUAUUGAGUUAACAUUUCAAAGAACUGAUUUUUCUAGUGAAAAAUGAUUUAUUGGGGAGGUGACUUUAUGAAAAGUUUCCCAUGUGGAAUGGACAAAUGAAUGCUUGCACCAAAGCAGAUUCCAACAUUAGACUGCAAAUUGCUAUCUAAGAAAGACCACAAGAUCGAGUUCUGAAGGGAAGAGCUAUCUUUGUUGUUUACACUGUGGAUAAUGCAUGUCCUUUGCUUCCUUCCUGACACUCGCUUUUCACAUUCUGACCAUUUCGUUUGUACCCUCUGACCAUUUCAUUACUGAAACACAAGCCAAACUCUGGAAAGGAGUUUGGUGAUAAGAAAAAAUAGAAAUUAUGAUUUAAAUUGAGAUUUGGGGAUUUUCUGUGGAUAAUUACUCAUGUCCCACCUUACCAAAAAAAAGAUGAAUAUCAAUUAGAAUAUAAAUUAAUUCUCUCUGAAAAUGUGGGAUGAAAGAGAUCAGUCCGGGGUAUUGGGAGCAUAUCAUCCCUCAGAAAAAUCUUGCCCCCAGAAUGCAUUUGACUGGAAUGAAAUACAUUGGGACUAUAUUAAAUUUUAUUCUAAUGUUGAUAGGAGGAAAAAAAGGAAGGAAAGAAAAAUGAAGCAGGGUGAAAAUAAGGUGAUUGAAAGAAAGAGAAAAAGAGGAGAGAGAAACUUGUUAAUUACAGGAUUUUCUGAGCAAGAUAUUUUUCUUCCUUUCACAAGUUAGAAGCUAUUGAAUAAUUCAUGCCAAGCCUGGAAAGGCUGCCUUUUCCCUGGGUGAUGUAUAACUGAGCAGGAGAGAGCUUCGAGUGGGUUCACCACAUCAGCCACCACUCUUGCUUCUGAGCACAGGGUGCUCUCCUCUGGAGCUCAGCUUCUGCUUUUGCAGCCGAGCAUCCUUGCUGCUGCUGCUGCCUGCCUGCCUGCCUGCCUGCCCACCCGUCUGGGGCUUGCAGCCCGCCACUUUACUUUCCCCAGCCUUGCUGCCAGCUGAGAAGUCUCCCUGCAGCUGCUGGUUUGUGCCUAGGACCAUGUGUGCUGAUGCUGCUGGGGAGAAGCAGGCACUUGCUCCUGGCACCGAUCCCAGCUGAGUUUCUCCUGUUGAUUUCGGGACCACUGAUGCUGCUGCUGAGGAGGUAUUUCCUGGCAUCCCACCCUCUGCUACCGCCAGCUACGGACCAGCCCCAAAGGCUUCCUUGGUGCCUGCUGAAGGCAAAGAGGCCUUUCCCCUGGCACUAGAGACAUUUCCGAGGCAAGCACCUGUCAUCUGCCACCCCCGUUGUUCUCCUCGAGCUCCCUCUCCCCCCUCCCCCAGCCCAUUAUUCUACUUUUGUGUCGGUGGCAGAAGGCUGAAGGGAUGUCUUUGCCCUCUUUGCAGGCGGGUGUCAGGAUGGGCCGCGCUGCGAGAAGCCGUCGCUAGCGAGCGAGGUGUGAAGAGUUGGCCAGAAUGACCAACUCCUCCUCCACGUCCACCUCCUCCACCACCGGGGGAUCGCUGCUGCUGCUUUGCGAGGAAGAGGAGUCGUGGGCGGGCCGGCGCAUUCCCGUGUCCCUCCUGUACUCGGGUCUGGCCAUCGGGGGCACGCUGGCCAACGGCAUGGUCAUCUAUCUAGUGUCGUCCUUCCGAAAGCUGCAGACCACCAGCAACGCCUUUAUUGUGAACGGCUGCGCCGCCGACCUCAGCGUCUGCGCCCUUUGGAUGCCGCAGGAGGCGGUGCUCGGGCUCCUGCCUGCCGGCUCCGCGGAGCCCCCCGGGGACUGGGACGGCGCGGGGGGCAGCUAUCGCCUCCUGCGCGGCGGGCUGCUAGGCCUUGGGCUCACCGUGUCCCUCCUGUCCCACUGCCUGGUGGCUCUGAACCGCUACCUGCUCAUCACCCGGGCGCCCGCCACCUACCAGGCGCUGUACCAGCGGCGCCACACGGCGGGCAUGCUGGCGCUGUCCUGGGCGCUCGCCUUGGGCCUCGUGCUGCUGCUCCCGCCCUGGGCCCCGCGCCCCGGCGCCGCGCCCCCGCGCGUCCACUACCCGGCGCUGCUGGCAGCCGCGGCGCUGCUGGCGCAGACGGCGCUGCUGCUGCACUGCUACCUGGGCAUCGUGCGCCGCGUGCGCGUCAGUGUCAAGCGGGUCAGCGUCCUCAACUUCCACCUGCUGCACCAGCUGCCCGGCUGCGCCGCCGCCGCCGCCGCCUUCCCCGGGGCUCCGCACGCGCCGGGCCCCGGGGGCGCGGCGCACCAGGCGCAGGCCCAGCCCCUGCCCCCCGCGCUGCACCCGCGGCGGGCGCAGCGGCGGCUCAGCGGCCUGUCGGUGCUGCUGCUCUGCUGCGUCUUCCUACUGGCCACGCAGCCGCUGGUGUGGGUGAGUCUGGCCAGCGGCUUCUCCCUGCCUGUGCCCUGGGGCGUGCAGGCGGCCAGCUGGCUCCUGUGCUGCGCCCUGUCGGCGCUCAACCCGCUGCUCUACACGUGGAGGAAUGAGGAAUUCCGCCGCUCCGUGCGCUCUGUCCUGCCCGGCGUCGGUGACGCGGCGGCCGCCGCCGCUGCCGCCACUGCUGUGCCCGCCGUGUCCCAGGCGCAACUGGGCACCCGCGCCGCCGGCCAGCACUGGUGACCCAGCCAGGGCCCGAGGGAAGCGGAGGUUCCGGCUUCAGCGUCCUUGGUCACCUCGCCUCCAGCCCUGGCGGAGCAUUCCCUGCCCAAACGAAGACUCCUGCGGCGGAGACCGGGAAAUUGGUGCGAAGAUUUCGCCUUCGACCCCAUGGGAUGCCUGAACCAAGGUCUCUCCCUAAAUGGGGUCCUUGAAGUCAUUUUUGGCCGGUUGACUUUUACCUUUUGUUUCUGUGUUUUAGAGAAACCCUAAAGUCAAAACACCGGUCAAAUCCUAAAGUCAAACUUCAAGAACUUGCCAACUGACACAAAAAAACCCGGUUAAUUUAUUUCAACUCUGUUUUUGAAAGAGCUUUGAUAACGUAUUACCAUUCUCACCUUCAUCGUCUUAUGAUAUAUAUGAAGCGCCUUGAGUGUGCAUGAGCCAAAAGAAAUACUAUUGAUGAAAGAAAUAAUAUUUAAGUAUUUUAGAAAGUAACCUAUCUUUGAUGAUGCUUCUGUUAUAAUUAGCUUUUGUAUAUUAACCUAAAGAAUGAAGCCACAGAUGUGCGCACCAGUAUGAGUUGCCAUUAAGACCUCAAGCCCCUUAUUCUUAAAAGGGUGUUGAUAAAGUAAAAUCAUUCCCGAAUGAGAUAGAACCUUAGCCAGUGGGGGGGGGGGGGGGGGGGGGGGAACCAGAUUUAUUAUUUUACACUCCUUUUUGCACUUCUAAGACUGAAAAUUGGCAUUGAGUGUUAAAAUGAAAAAUUUCCAUUGUGGUGAUUGAUGGUCUGAGCCAGCAAUGGAACUUUGAAAACAAAUAGGAGGGUUAUCUAUUUUAGGUACCAGUUUCACGUUUUAUAUAGCAUGCCAACUUGUUGCUACCCUCAUUUUGUAAUCAAUUUACUUGCCUUAUGAGUGCGAUCAUAGCUUUGAACAUUCUGUACUAUAUUGGUUGCUAAGAAGAAUAAAUCCUUCUGUUUUCUCUUUAACAUUUAAAAUAUCUCAAUGCACAUGAUAUAAUUAAACACUAACGAUACCAUGACUGCAUAGCUACUAUUAGCUGCUAUUGCAUGCUCCUAGAUGCUAGAACUUACUGGGCAUGUGGUAUACUAAAGCAAUACCCAUUAGACAAGGGCGUUUUACUUCUUCCAGACACCAGAAGAAGUGGCCUGCAAUUAUUUGAAAAGAGACACAGAGACACCUCUGGCUACCUAGAGUUCUUCUUGUCUUGACCCAAUUUAUGAGAAAACUCCCAGUUGGGACUUUAUCUUGCAAAUGGAGCCACAGUCAAGAUGGAUCAAUAAUAUUGUUUGGCUCUGCAAAGCCAUCUGUGCUCUUUUAGGGUUUAGACAAGCCACAUGUUAGAAAGCAACACUGUUUUUUAUGUAGUUCGUAUAUAUUACCGUGACACAACAUUAAUAUGGUGUCUGUUAAAAGAGGUGUAACAAACUUGGUUAUAUAUAUCUAACAGUUCAAAUGGGAGUCUGUUCUAAAAUGUCUGAUUUGAGGUUUGUCCUUUCUGUCUUUGGUUUACUCAAUUUAUUUAGAAAUAUUUGAAAUACACAAUCGUGUGAAAUCACUUUAUAAAUUAAGAUGGGAAGAAAGUAAUUUUCAAUAAUCAUCUAUCAUCAGUGUGAUUGCUAACUACAUCAAAUCUUGCUAACCACCCAGCCUCAAUUAACUGUGUAAUUGCUUUGUUGCCCUCCUGGACCUUGUAGGCCAGGAGAGUGGCAACACUUAUGCAUUUGAAUAAUUAUGGAAGCUGCAGGAAACUUCAACAUGUUUGUAGUAAAACAAAACAAAGCAAAUAUGUUCAUCACAAGUAAUGGAUCAGCAGUCAUUUUAUUAAUCUAUCCCCUUUGCGCAUGCAUAAUUUCUCUCUUACUAGGGUUUCAUCUGUUCCCAUUUUCCUUGAUUCAAAUAUUUAAUUAAAGUUCAGACAACCAUU